ACGUGAUAUCGACUGAUGAAAUAAUAAACACAGUGUACAUGUAUGCCUCGUGUUUGCCCUUGGAUAGGAUAAUGACUGUGGCAUUUAAAUAACUUUUACGUCACGUAUGAUGCCUUUGAGACGAUCGUUCACAAGAAUAUUCAAUUUUGUACUGUAAGAAGGUAACACUACACCCAAUACCAUUGUGAAAUAUGUUGGACUGAGCGAACAGGAAACACGGUGUCGCCACGCCGAGUCCACGCAUUUGGUGAAUUUCACGGACUCGCCGAUAACAGGAAAACUUAACAGAUAGCGAUGCCUGGACCAGCUAAUAUGGAUGAUAAUGAUAAACACUUUCCCAAGGAUGUUGGCAUUGUUGCCAUUGACGUUUACUUUCCGUCCCAGUAUGUUGAUCAGGCAGAAUUAGAACAAUAUGAUGGUGUCUCCACAGGCAAGUACACCAUUGGUCUUGGCCAGGACAAAAUGGGAUUCUGUACUGAUCGGGAGGACAUUAACUCGCUCUGUCUCACCGUCGUGGAACGUUUGAUGCACAAACUCGAGGGUCACAUAUCAUACGAAAAUAUUGGUCGCCUGGAAGUAGGUACAGAAACAAUUGUUGACAAAUCAAAGAGCGUGAAGUCUGUUCUGAUGCAAUUGUUCGAGGAGAGUGAGAACACGGAUUUGGAAGGAAUAGACACAACAAACGCUUGUUAUGGUGGUACUGCAGCUCUCUUCAAUGCCAUCAACUGGAUUGAGUCUAGUUCAUGGGAUGGACGUUAUGCCCUUGUAGUUGCGGGAGAUAUUGCCGUAUAUGCGACAGGGAAUGCACGUUGUACUGGAGGGGCGGGAGCAGUAGCCAUGCUUCUCGGAAAUUAUGCGCCUCUGGUAUUUGAUAGACGUGCACGGGGAAUUCAUAUGCAGCAUGUGUACGACUUCUACAAGCCUGACCUGGCGUCAGAGUACCCAGUGGUGGACGGUAAACUCUCGGUACAAUGUUACCAGCAUGCCCUGGACAUGUGCUAUGAACGCUACUCUAGGAAGGCAGAGGCAGAGGGAUUCAAAGAAGGAAGCAGUUUGAUAGAUAUGGCUGAUGGAGUACUGUUUCAUUCUCCCUACUGUAAGCUUGUCCAGAAAUCAUUUGCCAGACUCAUGGCCAAUGAUUUUCUUACCGACAAAACCCCAGACUUUCAGGGCCGCUAUGCAGGUUUGGAAGAUUUCAGAUGUACUGUUUACAGAGAUAUACGUCUAGACCAGUGCUACUUCGACAAAGAGGUAGAGAAGGGGUUCAUGGCUGCCAGUAAACCACUCUUUGAAGAAAAGACACGUCAGUCCACACUACUCAGUAAUCAAGUCGGAAACAUGUAUACACCUUCCCUAUAUGGAGGCCUGGUGUCUCAUCUAGUGAGUCACACCAUUGAACAGCUGGCUGGUCAGAGAAUAGUUUUGUUCUCGUAUGGCUCUGGGUUAGCGGCCUCAAUGUUCUCCCUGCGCAUCACCGAGGAUACAUCCCAAGCAUCAGGUCUACCGACACUGUAUUCUUGUCUCAGUGAUGUUAAGUCUCGUUUGGAGAUCAGACAGAAGAGCUCUCCCGAGGAAUUUGACCGCAUCAUGAAGCUUCGAGAGGAUACACAUAAUAAAGCACCAUAUGUACCAGUAGGACCUAUCGACACCCUUUUUCCAGGGACAUGGUACCUAACAGGGAUUGACGGUAUGCAUCGACGAUCAUACGAUAGAGUGACACCUACAAAAUUGGCCAACGGCCAUGCCACAUCAUCAGUCGAGCCAACACCGAUGGACGUUUCAAGACAGAGGAAACGAAAGACUGAGGAUGAAACAGGGAGUAGCUCAGUAAAAAUCUCUUCUCCCAUCAGUAUAAGUGGCGAGGCCUCCCUGGUUACUGUCCCUAGUGGGAUACCAUCCACUGUUGAGGCAAAACCAUCAUCUCUGCUUGAAGCCAGUCAGUCAGGUGUAGCCGCCAAGCUUUCACAAUCCUGACAUUAGCUUUAAGAAUAGUGGACAUUUUAUAAACAAUUUGUGUAUUGUAGCAUUACCUCUGUAUAGUAAUGUGUCAGGAUUGACCCAGCAUGUGUUCCUUUUUGUGUUUUUAGUCUUUUCAAUUCUAAUUGUAGAAAAGCUGGAAUGAAUUGGAGUGGAAUUGCUUGUGAAUCUAUAAAACCAUUAAUUUGGUGAUGUGAUCUUGUAAUUUAGAUUGUAACAUAUGUACUAUUGUAUGGUGGUAAGU